GUAUCAAAAUUAGUUAAUCAUUUGAUUUGUUUUCUUUUCGUUAUUCGAUGUUAAUUAACUUGAUUUUCUAUUUGAAUUUUAUUUUAUUUCUUCUUAUUGUUUCCUCUAGUUAAUUGUGACAAGUCUCUAGUGUAAAUUGUCUGUUCUCACAAUGGAAACGUCUAAUGUAUCUGUUUUUAAUGAUGAAGAGAAUUCAUAUGAAUCUCUUCCUAGUCAUUACAGUUUCCAUAUUCACAUGGCCGCUGGUGCCUUAGCCGGUAUAGUUGAACAUUGUGUUAUGUUUCCAGUAGAUUCAGUUAAAACCCGAAUGCAAAUUCUCUAUCCAAGUCCUAAAGCUACAUAUAAAUCGGUGCCUGAAGCUCUAUUUAAAAUUGUUCGUCAUGAAGGUAUUAAAAGACCUUUUCGAGGAGUCUCUGUGAUGCUGAUUGGCGCUGGACCAGCUCAUGCUUUCUAUUUCUCAAUCUAUGAAAAAGUCAAAAGAUCUAUUAGUGGUACGGAGACCGGUGGCCAAAGUCCUAUUGCUCAAAUGGCCGCUGGAUGCUUAGCAACAGUGUUUCAUGAUGCAUGGAUGAAUCCAGCGGAAACAGUUAAACAAAGGCUACAAAUUUACAAUAGUCAAUAUAGUCGUGCAUUCCCGUGUUUUAUGUCCAUUUUCAGGAACGAAGGAAUGAAAGCAUUUUACCGAAGCUACACUACCCAACUUUCAAUGAAUAUUCCCUUUCAUUGUGUUCACCUUGUGGCCUACGAGUACUCACAAGAACUAUUUAAUCCCAAUAGACAAUACAAUCCAACGACACAUAUCGCUAGUGGAGCCAUUGGAGGUGCCGUUGCAAGUGCAAUAACAACCCCACUAGAUGUGUGUAAAACCCUUCUCAAUACCCAAGAUCCUCGAACCCUUCGAGCCUCUAAACAGGCUCGAAUCAACGGUUUCUUUCAUGCCAUAGGAACGAUUUAUCGAUGUUGCGGGAUUAAAGGCUAUUUUAAUGGCCUCACUGCUCGAGUUAUUUAUUCAAUUCCAUCUACUGCAUUAUCCUGGUUAGCAUACGAAUCUUUUAAAGCGUUUCUCAAAUCGGAAAAUAGUUGAAACUUUAUUAGGUUUUUUAUAUUCUAUUUACCUAAUUGUAUAAUAAACGACGAGGCGUUGGUGCUCUCGUUGUUUUCUCUCUCUCUCUCUCUCUCCUUUUCUCUAUCUAUCUGUCUAUCUCUAUCUCUCUCUUUUUGUCGCAUUAACACAUUAUCGUCGAUUGAGAUGAAACAUCAACGCCAUCCCGCUGGUCAGUUUGUCUAUUAGUCGGACAGUUUUUUUCCUUUGAGCUUCAAUAAGAAAAAGACUGACAAUAAUCUUAAUUGUGUUCUUUGUGAUUUAAUCAAUGGGUAAAUCAUAACUCAUGGCGAUAAUGUUGAUAAUAAGAUUCAGGAGAUUCAAAGUGCUUUUAUCAAAUCUAAUUAGAUUAGGCUUUGCGAAGUAAUAAUCAAUUAAGAGAUGAAAAUGAAUCAAUACUUAAUUGUUGAAAUAUUUUCUCUUUCUCUCUACCAAAUUUCCCCCCUUGACUUAAUUGUUGUCUAAAUGAUUUGGGUUAUAAACCUAUCAUACAACAAGAACGAGAACUUAAUUGUUUGUGUGUGAAUUGUAGUGAUCAAUAUGAAUUUACAACACAAUUUGAUUUAUAAAUAUAAAAAAAAGAAGUUACAAUAUUUAGAGAGAACAAAUUUAUUAUUUCAAUUGAUUUAAACUAAUUAAAUUAAUAGAUUGAUGUAUAUAUGCCUUUGAAUGAAUUCGAGAUUCAAUUUGUAAAAAUAAACAAUAAACAAAUUGUUACAAACUAAA